CGGUCGUGGCGGGGCCCGGGGUCGCGGCGGGCAGCCCGAGCCCGCCGCCCUCGUCGCAGGCGUCGGGGGGGGACAGGGAGAAGGACGAGCUGGAGCGACUGCAGAGGGAGGACGAGGAGAAGAGGCGGCGACUGCAGCUCUACGUGUUCGUGCUGCGGUGCAUCGCGCACCCCUUCAACGCCAAGCAGCCCACGGACAUGGCCCGGCGCCAGCAGAAGAUCAACAAACAACAGCUCCAGCAAGUGAAGGAUCGUUUCCAGUCGUUCAUCAACGGAGAGACGCAGAUCGUGGCUGACGAGGCCUUCUGUAACGCCGUGCAGAGCUACUUCGAGGUGUUCCUCAAGAGCGAGCGCGUGACGCGCAUGGUGCAGGGUGGCGGCUGCUCGGCCAACGACUUCCGCGACGUCUUCAAGAAGCACAUCGAGAAGCGCGUCCGCAGCCUGCCCGAGAUCGACGGGCUGAGCAAGGAGACGGUGCUCAGCUCCUGGAUGGCCAAGUUCGACUCCAUCUACCGCGGCGAGGAGGACUCGCGCAAGCAGCCGAGCCGCAUCGCGGCCAGCGCCGCCUCGGAACUCAUCCUGAGCAAGGAGCAGCUGUACGAGAUGUUCCAGAACAUCCUGGGCAUCAAGAAGUUUGAGCACCAGCUCCUCUACAACGCAUGCCAGCUCGACAACUCUGACGAACAGGCGGCACAGAUCCGCCGGGAGCUGGACGGACGGCUACAGAUGGCGGAGCAAAUGGCACGGGAGCGGCGCUUCCCGCAGUUUGUCCAAAAGGAGAUGGAGAGCAUGUACAUCGAGGAGCUGAAGGCGGCCGUCAACCUGCUCAUGGCCAACCUGGAGAGCAUGCCCGUGGCCAAGGGCGGCUCCGACUUCAAGCUGCAGAAGCUGCGGCGCUCGCAGAACUCCUCCUUCAUCGACAUGGGCGAGGAGAACGAGAACCAGCUGUCCAAGUCCGACGUGGUGCUCGCCUUCAGCCUGGAGAUCGUGAUCAUGGAGGUGAUGGGACUCAAGUCGCUGGCUCCCAACCGCAUCGUCUACUGCACCAUGGAGGUGGAGGGAGGAGAGAAGCUGCAGACGGACCAGGCAGAGGCCUCCAAGCCACAAUGGGGCACGCAGGGAGACUUCACGACCACGCAUCCCCUGCCGGCCGUAAAAAUCAAGCUCUUCACAGAGAGCACGGGUGUCCUGGCCCUGGAGGACAAGGAACUGGGCAAGGUCAUCCUGCACCCAACCCCGACGAGCACCAAGUCGGCCGAAUUCCACAAGAUGGUCGUGCCCAAGAACAGCUCAGACCAGGACCUGAAGAUCAAACUUGCUGUGCGCAUGGACAAGCCCCAGAACCUCAAGCACUGUGGAUACCUGUGGGCUCUGGGCAAGAACGUUUGGAAGAGGUGGAAGAAGAGGUACUUUGUCUUGGUCCAGGUGAGCCAGUACACCUUCGCCAUGUGCAGCUACCGCGAGAAAAAGACCGAGCCGCAGGAGCUGAUGCAGCUCGACGGCUACACGGUGGACUACACGGAGCCGCAGCCAGGCCUGGACGGGGGCCGCUCCUUCUUCAACGCGGUGAAGGAGGGCGACACGGUGACGUUCGCGAGCGACGACGAGCAGGACCGCAUCCUCUGGGUGCAGGCCAUGUACCGUGCCACGGGGCAGUCGCACAAGCCCGUGGCGCCCACGCAGAUCCAGAAGCUCAACGCCAAGGGCGGAGGCCCCCAGAUGGACGCCCCCAUCUCCCAGUUCUUGGGACUGAAGGACGCGGACCGUGCCCAGAAGCACGGCAUGGACGAGUUCAUCUCGGCCAACCCGUGCACCUACGACCACGGCUCGCUCUUCCAGAUGAUGCAGCGCUUCACCCUCGACCACCGACUCAACGACUCCUACUCCUGCCUGGGCUGGUUCAGCCCGGGCCAGGUGUUCGUGCUGGACGAGUACUGCGCUCGCUACGGCGUUCGCGGCUGCCACCGCCACCUGUGCUACCUCAGCGACCUGGACGAGCGUGCCGAACGCGGCACCAUGAUCGACCCCACGCUGCUCCACUACAGCUUCGCCUUCUGCGCGUCGCACGUCCACGGCAACAGCCAAGGAAGCGCUGAGCUUUUGCAAGCGCCCCAGGGCCAGGCCUCGGAGACGGCCGAGGGGGAGAAGUCUCCAACUCCCCCCGCGCCGGAGGGCGAGGGAGACCUCAAGCGUAAGGAGUCGAAGCGCGGCUCCCGCAAAGACGCAAAGUCUGGUGGGAAAUUUGAGCCCAAGAGGCCGGAUGGCAUCGGAACGGUGAUCGUGGACGAGAAAGAAACGUUCGAGGAGGUCAAGGAGCGGCUCCGUUGCCUGCUCGAAAAUCAAAUCACACACUUCCGGUAUUGCUUCCCAUUUGGACGACCAGAGGGGGCACUCAAGGCCACGCUUUCUCUUCUCGAGCGGGUGCUCAUGAAGGACAUCGUGACGCCCGUGCCGGCCGAGGAGGUCAGAGCUGUAAUCCAGGUGUGUCUGGAAAAGGCAGCGCUCAUCAACUACACCCGCCUCUCCGAGUACGCCAAGAUCGAAGGGAAAAAGAGGGAAAUGUAUGAACACCCAGUCUUCUGCUUGGCCUCCCAAGUGGUGAAUUUAACCAUUCCCACUCCGAAGGAUUCAGAAAACAUAGGGCAACUCGUGACUCCUGCGAAGAAACUGGAGGAUGUCAUUCACCUCGCCGAGUUGGUGAUUGACGUCCUGCAGCAGAACGAGGAGCACCAUGCUGAGGGAAGGGAGGCGUUCGCGUGGUGGUCCGACCUGAUGGUGGAGCACGCCGAGACGUUCUUAUCCCUGUACGCCGUGGACAUGGACGCGGCGCUCGAGGUGCAGCCCCCAGACACGUGGGACAGCUUCCCCCUCUUCCAGCUGCUCAAUGACUACUUGCGCAAUGAAGGAAACCUGUGCAAUGGCAAGUACCACAAGCACCUGCAGGAUGUGUUUGCUCCCCUCGUGGUGCGCUACGUCGACCUGAUGGAGUCGUCGAUAGCGCAGUCCAUCCACAAGGGCUUUGAGCGCGAAUCCUGGGAGCCCGUCAAGAAUCUAACCAGUAACCUCCCAAACGUCAAUCUGCCAAAAGUCCCAAAUCUUCCCGUUAGCCUCCCACAAAUCCCGCAAAUGCCUCAAAUGCCGCAGAUCCCUAGCUUUUCAACACCGUCGUGGAUGACGGCUCUGUAUGACCCAGACAAUGGCUCGGCCACAUCCGAGGACCUCUUCUGGAAGCUGGACGCCCUCCAGACGUUCAUCGGGGACCUGCACUGGCCCGAGGAGGAGUUCGCCAAACACCUGGAGCAGAGGCUCAAACUCAUGGCCAGUGACAUGAUCGAGUCGUCCGUCAAGAGGACGCGGGCGGCGUUCGAGGCGAAGCUGCAGAAGAUGAGCCGCUCGACGGACUUCCGCGUGACGCAGUCCAUCUGCACCAUGUUCAACGUGCUGGUGGACGCCAAGAAGCAGUCGGUCAAGCUGUGCCACAUGGAGAUCGGCCAGGAGAACCAGUACCACACGAAGAUUGACGAGCUCAUCGAAGACACCGUCAAGGAGAUGAUCGCGAUGAUGAUCGGCAAGUUUGUGACGGUGCUGGAGGGCGUUCUCUCCAAGCUCGGCCGCUACGACGAGGGGACGCUCUUCUCGUCGUUCCUCUCCUUCACAAUGAAGGCUGCCUCCAAAUAUGUGGAUGUUCCAAAGCCGGGCAUGGACCUCUCCGACUCGUACAUCACGUUCGUGCGCCAGAACCAGGACAUUCUGCGCGACAAGGUCAAUGAGGAGAUGUACAUAGAAAGGUUGUUUGAUCAAUGGUACACGGCGGCAAUGGCCACGACCUGCACGUGGCUCACGGACCGUGUGGAUCUGCAGCUGCACGUCUUCCAGCUCAAGACGCUCAUCCGCAUCGUCAAGAAAAUGUUCCGCGACUUCCGGCUGCAGGGCGUGCUGGACGUGACGCUGAACAGCAAGACGUACGAGACGGUGCGCAACCGUCUGAUCGUGGAGGAGGCGACGGCGAGCGUCAACGAGGGAGGGGGCCUGGCGGGCGUCACCAUGCGCGACAGCGACGAGGAGGGAGAGGAGCACGACCAAUAAGCCCCUCCCCCCCCCCCGGUCCAACUUCGCCCGCACUCAAAAACUAUAACAACAACAAUAAUAACAUAAUUAAAUAAAUGCGCGACAAGACCGAUAAUAACUCGGAGCAGUGGGGGAGGGGUUGGGACUGUAAGGGGAACCGCUGGCAGAUCCACACUGGCAGAUCCACACCGGCAGAUCCACACCGGCAGAUCCACACCGGCAGAACCACACCGGCAGAACCACACCGACAGAUCCACACCGGCAGGUCCACACCGACAGAUCCACACCGGCAGAUCCACACCAGCAGAUCCACACCGGCAGAUCCACACCGGCAGAUCCACACCGGCAGAUCCACACCGGCAGAUCCACACCGGCAGAUCCACACCAGCAGAUCCACACCGGCAGAUCCACACCGGCAGAUCCACACCGGCAGAUCCACACCGGCAGAUCCACACCGGCAGAUCCACACCGGCAGAUCCACACCGACCUGACCUUUUGCAAAAGCAAAGGGCUCGAUGUUUUGGAAAAAGCGAAUUUAUUUGGGGGGGGUGGAUGCGCGAGGCUACAGGGGGAUCUGGCGAAGUUUGUCCUCCCUGCUGCGGUUCGGCACACCGGUAGCAACGUUGCCGAUGUCGGCGACACCGCAGACAUCCACAACGCGACCGCCCUCCGCACCCUUACAAGCAAUGAUUAACAAUACAGCAAAAUAUACUGUCGUCGUUCGAAAUGUCGGUUUAGUUUUGUUUUAAAACGUUAAAUUAUUUUCCCAUUUUUGUCUACGAUGUGUGUUGUCGUGCGGCAAACGAGCGUUCCUACGUCGCAUUUUAUGGACGCGCGUCUCUCGAAACUGGAAAACGCUGCCGGCAUUCUCUGGUGCGGGUUUGGUGUCGGGCUCUGAAAGGGACUCGCGCCACGGGGAUCUCAGAUCGGCGCGAGAGAGACGGAGAAAGAGGGAGCGUUCGAGAGGGUUCGGGAGAGAGAGAGAGAGGGAGUCCAAGCAGUCGACUGGGUUCUGAAAUGCUGCACGCUCACUUUGGGAGCACGUGUGCACCUGGCCGUGUACUUGCGGGACGUGACAUCGUCACGGGCGUGCGUGAGCCGGCCUGAGGAGGAAUUUACUUUGAGCUCGCGAGUGAGUGGGUGAAUCCUUCGUUGUAUUCCUUUUGCUUCCUUCCUGAAACUUGACUUAUUAUUCGUUCUCGGCCUUCUGUGCCACAUCCUAGGGUCUCGCCGCUGAACGUUCCACCUUUCAACCUCAGGAUGUGAUGUUUCCUCUAUUGGUUUAACCCGAGCUUUACUCUUUUGAAACUUCUUCUUUAUACCUGCAAUAAAGUUAUCGAUCUGAA